AGGGUUUAGGGUUUAGGUCCAGCCGCGAUGGAGGCCAUGGAGACCCUCCAGCGGGAUCUCAAUGACGCGCUCACGGAGGCGAUGGGCGAGGUGAAUGAGUACGUCUUCUUCACGCUCCAGAGAAAUUUCUACAAAUGUGCCUACCGCUGCUUCGACGAGCACACGACGGUGUCCCGGAUUGAGCCGUGCGUGCAGCAAUGCGGCGCUCCCCCGCAGAGAGCGCAGAACAUAAUCUCCAACGAGCUCUCGAGCUUCCAGGAACGGAUCCAGCGAAGUGUACUGGUUUGCAGGGACAAAUUUGACGAGCAGCGAGACAUUGCGGCUCUCACGGAAGAUGAACUCGCCAGGAAUGCAAAAGACUGCGUCGAGAGAGCUGUCAAAGGACACAUCGCCGGGAUCCCAAAAUUGAUGGCCAGAAUAAAGUCCCAGAUCACCGUCAAGGAGGACUGAAAAUCUGUGGAGCAAUUUUGUAGUAAGAUCUUUUUUUUCUUCUUCCAUCUUUUCCUUUUGUUGUUUUAUUCUUUUGCUCUCGCCGUUCUUGUGUCUUUGUUCCCUUGGCACACAUCGAAGGUUGGCCUGGUAACUUACUGCCAUUUCAGCUCAAAAGUUGUGCUAGAUCGACCGCUGCCUGGGAGAGAACUGUGCAGCGGCCUAGAGAAACAGUGGCUGCUCCACUCUCGAUCCAAGCAACACACUGUUUCGAGUGUGAGUGGGUUUGCUCUCGAUUCAAACUCUCUUGUCUCUCUUGUUUCGACUGUAUUGUGUAAGCUUUUUCCAGGUGUGUUCCAUAGCGUUCAUCGUCCCUUCCGAAUGAGACCACCAAACAGGCUAGACAGUUCUUCUCGUCGCAUAGCUAUCGAUUCCUCUCCACGAGAAAAGUUUCUUACUUGUGGAGUGGAGUGAAGAUAAAAAGCCGCAGCCAGCGAGCCAUCCAGCGCGAGUUUUAAUGCCUGGUGACGAAGGAAGAGUUUUCACGGCAUUGGGGGAAAGAAAUGGAUCUUAAACAUUGAAGAUAGUCUCGCAGCUUUUGCUUGAAGAAACAGUUUUUGGCUGGCCACGAAUCUCUGGGUUGGGCGAUCCAUGAUUUCAAACCAAAGUGGUAGAGGUAGGCUAUUGCAGUUCUUCCUUUUUGUCUACCUCUUUGUGUCAAGUCUAGCAACAGUGAUUCGAGUGAUUUCUUUUGUUUCUCAAAUCCAGGGACGCUUAAAGUUAAAAGCCAAGGAUUGAUCAAAUCAGAGUGACAAAGUCUCGCCAAGUUUGUUUCGUCGUUAAGUUCGUUGGACAACAAAAAUGAAUGAUGCCAUUUUAUUCGCAAGAGGGACGAUCAUUAUCGAGUGAAACCAUAUCAACGUUUUAAUCGACCGAAGGUUACAAGGCGUGGUCCAGGCCUGGGCGACGUGGCGGCACGUCCCAGGCUCGGCAAGCCACCGAAGCUGGUGACGGAAUCUUCUUUUAUGCUCUGUUUGCUCAAACCGAGCCAAACAGAGGGUUCCAGGCGAAAGAAAUUUGUCCUGGGACAGGCCAUUCUUUUUGGGAGGAAGAAAAAUUGGAAGGGAAGCUAGGGCAUGAGAAUCCGGAGCUGCGAUCCACGGGAGAUGCGCGGCGCCAGGGCUCGGGUGUGGCGCUGCCGGGGCACCAAGAUCUGUGCGCGCGGCUCGUCCAGGUUCUGCUCGAUUCUUGGAUGAGGGGCAAGAAUGCGGGCUCCUCGCCUCGCGGAUCGCCGGCGCUGGGAAUUCUCACAGCCAUGAGCAUCGGGAUCGGCCGAUGGAUCGUUCUUGGCGUCGUGAUCAUCGCCGGUGCCGCCGCGGCUGUCGAUCCGACCGAGAGGGCGGUUCUUGAUGCGAUGAUCCAGGGAUUGACCAACGGGGCAUUGCUCGGCUGGGGGAGCGGCGAUCCGUGCUCGUGGAAGCACAUCCAAUGCCGGGGCCAGUCUAUCAUCGGAAUUGCGGUGGAAUCCCUGGGGCUGGUCGGGACUCUCCCCGGAAAUCUCAACAAGCUCGCCAAUCUCGAGUACCUCGGCCUCCAGUUCAAUGGAUUCCACGGCGCGCUGCCCAGCCUCAGCGGCCUCAAGAAUCUCCGCAAGGUCUACCUCAACAGCAACAACUUCGCGACCAUCCCAGGAGAUUUCUUCCGCGGCCUCGACAGCCUCAUGGUCAUCUACCUCGAUCACAACAAUCUCAAUGGCACCGCGGGAUGGCAGCUCCCCGACGACGUCCAAUUCUCCACCAAGCUCGUCAAUCUGUCGCUGACGAACACCAGCCUGGGCGGGCCGAUCCCGGAGUUCCUGGGCACCAUGGCCAGCCUCAAGGUCCUCAAUCUCGCGUAUAACUCCCUCACCGGUGGGCUUCCCGCGAGCUUCAAGGACUCGGCGAUGACGCAGCUGGAAGUGAACAACAUGGCGCUGGGCGGAUCGAUCGACGUGGUUGGAGGGAUGACGAGCCUCGCGCAGCUGUGGCUACAAGGGAACCAAUUCACUGGGACGAUCCCGGUGGGUCUGAGCAACGCGGUGGCUAUGGCGGAUCUCCGGCUCAACGACAACAAGCUCAAGGGGGUGGUGCCGAAUUUCACAGCGCUGGCACUCUCGCAUUUCAGCGUGACCAACAACAAUCUCAUGGGGCCGAUCCCACUGCUCAGGGCCACCAACACGGAUGGUUUCGGUGGCAACAAGUUCUGCCAGAGCGAGGCUGGGAAGGCGUGUAGUGCCGAGGUGACCGCGCUGCUGGGAUUUCUAGGUGGCAUUGGUUUUCCAGACUCGAUCAUCGCGGACUGGUCGGGGACGGAUCCCUGCGCCGUGACCUGGGUGGUGUGCGAUGGGACUGCGGUGAUCGGGUUGAAGCUCGAGAGGAACCAGCUCGCUGGGACGCUGUCUCCCGCGGUGGCGGGGCUGGCGGAUCUCAGGUUUGUGAUGCUCAGCAACAACAAUCUCUCGGGUUCCAUCCCUCCGGAGUUUGCAACGAUGAAGUCUUUGAAGACGCUGGAUUUGAGGAACAACAGCUUGUCCGGCCCGAUGGUGAAGUUCUCCGGGGUGACAGUGCUCGUGGAUGGGAAUCCUCUGCUCAACAGUCCUCCUGGAUCGGCUCCAGUUCCUCCAUCCUCGUCUCCAGCUGCUCCAGCUGCUCCGGCUGGAUCGGCACCGGCCACAACACCAUCGCCACCAUCACCGCCUGGAACGCCUCCACCUCCGGGUACGCAAGAUGACAGUGGGAAUCGCACUAACAGCCCUCAAGCAUCUUCCAAGUUCCCCAUAGUGGCGGUGGCUGUUCCUAUUGCUGGGGCCGUGUCGCUGGCGCUGGUGGCGGGAGUUUUUAUAUUCUUCCUCUGCUGUCGACACAAGGGGAAGCAUCAGGCCUCGAGGAGCUCCAGUAGUGGGAUGCUGGUUCAUCCCCGGAACUCCAAUUCUGAUCCAGAUAUGGUGAAGGUCAGUGUCACAAGGACAGCGGAGCCGAAUGGUGGAGGAAACCACAGCGGGCCCAGUGGUGACGUUCAUGUAGUGGAGGCAGGAAAUCUAGUGAUCUCCAUCCAAGUCCUACGUGACGCCACGAAGAACUUCAGCCGGGACACGAUCCUCGGCCGUGGUGGGUUCGGUGUUGUUUACAAGGGGGUGCUGGACGAUGGCACCAGCAUCGCGGUGAAGAGGAUGGAGGCCUCCACGGUGGUGAGCAGCAAGGGGCUGAGCGAGUUCCACGCGGAGAUCGCGGUGCUGACCAAAGUGAGGCACCGGCAUUUGGUGGCGCUGCUCGGCUACUGCAUCGAGGGGAAUGAGAAGCUGCUGGUGUACGAGUACUUGCCGAACGGGACGCUGGCGCAGCACCUGUUUGAGCGGGGAGCUAAACCGCUGGACUGGAAGAGGAGGCUGGUGAUAGCGCUGGACGUGGCGAGGGGGAUGGAGUAUUUGCACGAGCUGGCACACAUGAGCUUCAUCCACAGGGACCUGAAGCCGUCCAAUAUCUUGCUCGACGAUGAUUAUCGUGCCAAGGUGUCAGACUUUGGACUGGUGAAGCUUGCUCCCGAAGGCAAAUACUCGAUCGAGACAAGGCUGGCGGGCACGUUUGGGUACUUGGCUCCAGAGUACGCAGUGACGGGGAGAGUUACAACCAAGGCGGACGUGUUCAGCUUUGGAGUUGUCCUCAUGGAGCUGAUCACGGGGCGGCGAGCGCUGGACGAGAGCCAAUCCGAGGAGAACAUGCACCUUGUGACGUGGUUCCGGCGUACGCACCAGGGCAGAGAAUCCUUCGCGAGGAUGAUAGAUACAGCGCUGCUAGAAGGCACCGAGGACAAAGUGGAGGGCAUUUACACGGUGGCCGAGCUCGCCAAGCACUGCACGGCGAGGGAGCCGUACAACCGGCCGGACAUGGGGCAUGCGGUGAGCGUGCUGGCGCCGCUGGUGGAGCAGUGGAAGCCGACGGCGUCGGACGGGGAGGAGACCAAAGGGAUCGAUCUCAACGUGACGCUCCCGCAAGCGCUCAAGCAGUGGCAGGCCUCGGACGACUCCAACUUGGACGAUAGCCAGGCCAGCCUCCCGACCAGGCCCGUCGGCUUCGCGGACUCGUUCACGUCCUCGGACGCCAGGUGAUCGUGUUCCUCCGGCCACUGACGAUGGUGGUGGUGUCUCUUUUACGUCCAGGAGUAGCAGAAGGUCGAUCUUACAGUAAUGUGAUUGAUCAUACGGGGAUGGAUGGGUGGAAAAAACUCUUCUUCUACACGCAGCUGCGAGCGUCGCCUCGGUCGGGUCAUGCUGGAGGCAUGUAAAUAAAUGGGAGGAGAAAGGCUAGGAUACAGGUGGUGGGAAAGAUUAUAUAGGAGACGCGUCAAACAUGGGUGGCGACUUGUGAUUUGGACGGUCGACAAGCAGGAGGAGCAGCAGCAGCAGACAGGGUGGUGGGAGGUUGGAUUAUCUUCCGGAAAGUGGACAGGGAAAGCGAGAAAGCCAGGCACUAAAUAAACUGGAAGAUCUCUGGGCUUGGACAGGAGAAGGAAGGAUUAAGAAGCUUUUCUUCUCCUCCUCUUCUCGGGAAAAGGAACAGGGACGAUCAAGCGGUACUUAUCGACGAGGCAGUGAGGCAGUGAAGCAGUGGCGAUGGAGCAGCGAUCUCUUGGCUGGCUUGGCAGCGAGUCGAGUUUAGGAAGAACACAGCUUGGAACUUUCAAGGCAGCCAUGCAGGGCAUGUGAGAAGCUUGGCGGCUUUCACGAAUGGACUGGGAAGAGACUGGGGUGUGGAGGCGUAGCAGUCGGGAUUCACGGAGACCGCCAUGGAUUUUCUCGUCCAAGCUCGUGUACGUCUUCUUUCUCUCUCUCUCUCUCUCUCUCUCUGUGGUUUUUUUUUUUUCACUUUCUAGUAGGCGUGCCUGUCUUGUAGUGUUGCUGCUGCUGCUGCUGCUACUGCCACUCUGGAGUGCUCCGCUUUUGUUGGAGCGCCCAAGUGAUUGGAAUGAUCACGGCAGUGCGUUCUAUCAUCCUCUCUCGUGUUUAGUCUCUCUCUCCCAAACGAUGGAAAAGAAACGAUUUUUUAGUCGUCUUCAUCCUUGUUCUUCGCUCGGCGCUUAGUUUUUCUCCCUGGCAUUCGUUCUAAGUAUGUACUUUACAGGCAAAGCGCGAGAGAGAAAUAAAAGAGAAAGCUUACUUCCAUCCAAGCGUCUCUUGCUUGCUUUGUUGGUACAGCUAUCUGGGACCCUUUUGUUUGUGAGAUUCUUUCGUCCUGGAAGGAAAACAAAAAAGCUGGUCAAUACCAUAGGCAAGGAAUUUAAAGCUUU